UUUAGUUAUAUUUCUUCUGAAAGGAUUCCAAAUGUAAAAUCAUUCUCACCAGAAAAGAGCACUGUUAUUAUUUUUGAGGACUUAAACAUCUCACCUAUUUACAUAACACAACAUUAUCAUAAAGUCUCUAUUAUUAUUCGUAAAAAUAUCUCCCAUUUAGUAAUGUUUAAUGGGGGUGGUAGCUAUCAAGAUGUGUCCAAGAUAGCUAGUCGUUAUACUGAUGAUAUAAAAAAUGCAUUGAUGGUCAUUAAUAGCUACUUUCGAAAAG